GUUGAAUAAACAAAUAAGCUCUUAUGUACUUCGGGAGUCUGCUUUUCCAGAAAGCCAUCAGCAGUGGUGAGGUGGGCAGGAGCCUCCUCGGAGCUCUGGAAGCCACCUGACCCUGAGCCCCCAUCAGAGCACACAGACUGGGCUCGAUGCCCGGAGGCAGAGGGAAAGGCCAGGCCGGAGGCACAUAAGAGAAUUCUACUUCCCCACCUUCAUGCUAUUUGGUGAAACCAUGUUCAGAGGCCAGUGCCAUGCUCAGCUUGGGGCAAUGUGGUGAUCCUCAGAGGGACGACCUUCCCAGCUCCCAGGCGGCGUCCAGGCCCAGGAUGAACCAAAUCCCACCCCGAGGCAAUGGACCCCAGCCAGCCACGCCACCCAGGACUGUGUGGGACGUGAGGGAUGUCGCCCCAGGGGGGCCCGAAACCGGGCAGCCCCGAGCAUGCUGGCCCAGGAGGCUCAAGGCAGCCAUCAUGGGAUUCCGGACCACUUGCCCUUCCUUUUCCACCAUCUACUUCCUCUUCAUCCUCUUGAUGGUGUCCACCAUCUUCCACUCCCAUCACCGCCUGGCCCUGGUGCCCACCCCCUGGGCCUACUCAGGCCGCGUGGUCCUCCUCCCCAGACACCUGCCCAUGGGGGGCAUGUUCACCAUCAACGCCAAAGGCCGCCUGGGGAACCAGAUGGGGGAGUACGCCACCCUGUACGCCCUGGCCAAGAUGAACGGGCGGCCGGCCUUCAUCCCGGCCGCGAUGCACAGCACGCUGGCCCCCAUCUUCCGAAUCAGCCUCCCAGUCCUGCACGGCACCACGGCCAGCAGGAUCCCGUGGCGGAACUACCACCUGAACGACUGGAUGGAGGAGCGCUACCGCCGCAUCCCGGGGGAGUACGUGCGCCUCACCGGCUACCCCUGCUCCUGGACCUUCUACCACCACCUGCGAGACGAGAUCCUGCAGGAGUUCACCUUGCACGACCACGUGCGGGAGGGCGCCCAGAAGUUUCUGCGGGACCUGCAGGCCAAGUGGGCCCGGCGGGCGACCUUCGUGGGGGUCCACGUGCGCCGGGGGGACUACGUGCGCGUCAUGCCGCGGGUGUGGAAGGGCGUGGUCGCCGACCCGGGCUACCUGCGCCGGGCCCUGGACUGGUUCCGGGCCCGCUACCGCUCCCCAGUCUUCGUGAUCACCAGCGACGACAUGGCCUGGUGUCGGCAGAACAUCAACGCCUCCCGGGGGGACGUGGUGUUCGCGGGCAAUGGCCUUCAGGGCUCCCCCGCCAGGGACUUUGCGCUGCUCACGCAGUGUAACCACACCAUCAUGACCAUCGGGACGUUCGGGAUCUGGGCCGCCUACCUGGCUGGGGGGGACACCGUCUACCUGGCCAAUUUCACCCUCCCCGGCUCCCCCUUCCACUGGAUCUUCAAGCCCCAGGCGGCCUUCCUGCCCGAGUGGGUGGGCAUCGCUGCUGACCUUGGGCAGGCCAGAGAGACUGGCCCCUAGCCCGGUGUGUGGCGUGUCCCUCCCUCGCCCUGGGGCCAACAGGCUGUGCCCCGGAGCUGCAGCACCUGUGUUUGCCUCCAGGUCACGAUGCUUCCCAGCUGGGCCACCUCAGACAAGUGACUUAACCUCUCUGGGCCUUAGCAUGCCAACUGCAAAGUGGACCUAAUACAGAACUUACCUCCGCAGCUCCUGCAGCAAGUUUAUUUAGUGUCUUGGGAACCCGAACCUGAACCCGAACAGGCACGUGGGUGGCGUAUCCUGAACUUU